UACUGAAUGGAGGAAGGGGGUGGAAAUCAGUCUUUACCAGGACUUGUUCUGUAAUCACCUCGCAUGGGUGUUUUUACCCAUGUUCUACUGAGUGGUGAAGAAUGAGAAGUCGCAGUUGUUCAGCUGAGUGGAUCUAAAUGGGUGGCUUCCCUUUGGACCCCCAAUCCCGUCUUCAGUAAGAGGGGUUGCCUGCUUCUUUUGGAGCAACUUACAUUCCCUUAGGACAGGUACAGGAACUGUAGAAGUCCAUUUUAGAAUUGGGAAGUAGAAGUUUCUGCAGCUCUGGAAAGAUAUGCCAUGGAAGUAAUCAGCUGGGGUGGUCCCAUAGCGCUCUGGGCCCGAGUAUUGCUGAGUGAUCAUUGGCUGCCACCUGAGUGACAAAGUAAAGGACCAAGUCUUCAAUUUAAACCAGUGGAGCCAGAUCACAGGAAAGAAUUGACAGAGUUGUUAAGCUCAUGCUUAGCCCAACGUGACACAGGACUGGUGUGACAACUGUUUUUAAUCAGUGACUCAAAAUUGUGAUCACCCUGAUGUCACCGAAUGGCCACAGCUUGUAAAAGAUCACCAGGAGAACCUCACUCUGAAAACAUUGAAACUAGCCGAAUGAAGCGAGCAGCUGCAAAGCAUCUAAUAGAGCGCUACUACCACCAGUUAACUGAGGGCUGUGGAAAUGAAGCCUGCACGAAUGAAUUUUGUGCUUCCUGUCCAACUUUUCUCCGUAUGGAUAACAAUGCAGCAGCCAUUAAGGCCCUCGAGCUUUAUAAGAUUAAUGCAAAACUCUGUGAUCCUCAUCCCUCCAAGAAAGGAACGAGCUCAGCUUACCUAGAAAACAACUCCAAGGGUGCCCAUAACAAUUCCUGCACUGACAGAAAAAUGAACAAGAAGGAAAUGCAAGGCCCAAGAGAUGACUUCAAAGAUGUGACUUUUCUAACGGAAGACAAGAUAUAUGAAAUUCUUGAACUAUGUCGAGAAAAAGAGGAUUAUUCCCCUUUAAUCCGAGUGAUUGGGAGAGUAUUUUCCAGUGCUGAAGCACUGGUACAGAGUUUCCGAAAAGCCAAGCAUCACACCAAGGAGGAGCUCAAGUCUCUUCAAGGAAAGGAUGAAGACAAAGAUGAAGAUGAAAAGGAAAAAGCUGCCUGUUCGGCUGCUGCUAUGGAAGAAGAUUCAGGCGCAUCAUCAUCUUCAUCGUCAAGAAUAGGUGAUAAUACACAAGGAGAUAAUAACCUCCAAAAAUUAGGCCCUGAUGAAGUGUCUGUAGAUAUUGAAGCAGUCAGGCGGGUCUACGAUAGAUUACUUUCUAAUGAAAAAAUAGAAACUGCCUUUUUAAAUGCACUUGUGUAUUUGUCACCUAAUGUGGAAUGUGACUUGACUUACCACAAUGUAUACUCUCGGGAUCCGAACUAUCUGAAUUUGUUUAUUAUCGUUAUGGAGAAUGGCAAUCUUCAUAGCCCAGAAUAUCUGGAAAUGGCUCUGCCGUUGUUUUGCAAAGCAAUGAGCAAGCUGCCCCUUGCAGCUCAAGCAAAACUGGUCAGAUUGUGGUCUAAGUAUAGAGCAGACCAAAUUCGGAGAAUGAUGGAGACGUUUCAGCAGCUUAUUACUUACAAAGUCAUAAGCAACGAGUUCAACAGUCGUAACCUAGUGAACGAUGACGAUGCUGUUGUUGCUGCUUCCAAGUGCUUGAAAAUGGUUUACUAUGCAAAUGUAGUAGGAGGGGAUGUGGAUACGGAUCAUAAUGAAGAGGAAGAUGAAGAACCCAUCCCGGAAUCAAGUGAACUCACUCUUCAAGAGCUGUUGGGUGAGGAAAGAAGAAAUAAAAAAGGUCCUCGAGUGGACCCACUGGAAACUGAGCUUGGUGUUAAAACUAUAGAUUGCAGAAAACCACUUAUCCCCUUUGAAGAAUUUAUUAAUGAACCACUGAAUGAUGUUCUAGAAAUGGACAAAGACUACACUUUCUUCAAAGUAGAAACAGAAAAUAAAUUCUCUUUUAUGACUUGUCCCUUCAUAUUGAAUGCUGUUACUAAGAACCUGGGACUGUAUUAUGACAAUAGGAUCCGGAUGUACAGUGAACGACGCAUAACUGUGCUCUACAGCUUAGUUCAAGGACAACAGCUCAACCCAUAUUUACGACUUAAAGUGAGACGUGAUCACAUCAUAGAUGAUGCACUCGUGCGGCUAGAGAUGAUUGCCAUGGAAAAUCCUGCAGACUUGAAGAAGCAAUUGUAUGUUGAAUUUGAAGGAGAGCAAGGGGUAGAUGAAGGAGGUGUUUCCAAAGAAUUUUUUCAACUGGUUGUGGAAGAAAUCUUCAAUCCAGAUAUUGGCAUGUUCACAUACGAUGAAUCUACAAAACUGUUUUGGUUUAAUCCGUCCUCUUUUGAAACUGAGGGUCAGUUUACACUGAUUGGCAUAGUGCUGGGGCUCGCCAUUUACAAUAACUGUAUACUGGAUGUACAUUUUCCCAUGGUUGUCUACAGGAAGCUAAUGGGCAAAAAAGGAACUUUCCGUGAUCUGGCAGACUCUCAUCCUGUUCUUUACCAGAGUUUGAGAGACUUGCUAGAGUAUGAAGGAAGUGUGGAAGAUGAUAUGAUGAUAACUUUUCAAAUAUCUCACACGGAUCUCUUUGGCAAUCCAAUGAUGCAUGAUUUAAAGGAAAACGGUGAUAAAAUUCCUAUUACAAAUGAAAAUAGAAAGGAAUUUGUCAAUCUGUAUGCUGACUAUAUACUCAAUAAAUCAGUAGAAAAGCAAUUCAAGGCCUUUCGGAGAGGAUUCCACAUGGUGACCAAUGAAUCUCCUUUGAAAUAUUUAUUUAGACCAGAGGAAAUUGAAUUACUUAUUUGUGGAAGUAGGAAUUUAGAUUUUCAAGCACUAGAAGAAACAACAGAAUAUGAUGGUGGCUAUACAAGAGACUCUCUUAUUAUUAGGGAAUUCUGGGAGAUAGUCCAUUCAUUUACGGAUGAACAGAAAAGACUAUUCUUGCAGUUUACAACAGGCACAGACAGAGCCCCUGUGGGAGGACUUGGAAAGUUAAAGAUGAUCAUAGCCAAAAAUGGCCCAGAUACAGAGAGGUUACCUACAUCUCACACAUGCUUUAAUGUACUUUUGCUUCCGGAGUACUCAAGCAAAGAAAAGCUUAAAGAAAGAUUAUUGAAGGCCAUCACAUACGCCAAAGGAUUUGGCAUGCUGUAAUAAAUGUAACAAAAGGGAUGAAAAAAAAAUGAUGGUGGUGAUGUCCCUGUCCAAAAAGGCCAUAAGAUAGUGAGCUACAGUAGUCACCUGUGUUUGUGCCUCCCUUCUUUACUGGGGACAUUGGGCUGGAACAGCAGAUUUCAGCUGCUUAUAUGAACAAAAUCUUUAUUUUUUCUUUUAGCGUGAAAGUGUUACAUAUUCUUUCACUUGUAUGUACAGAGAGGUUUUCCUGAAUAUUUAUUUUAAGGGUUAAAUCACUUUUGCUUGUGUUUAUUACUGCUUGAAGUUGAGCCUUUUUGAGUAUUUACAAGAAAACAAACUGUACUCUCCCAAGGAAACUAUUGCCAUCAUUUGUAGACUAUGUAACCUUCAAGUAUGUGCUAUAUUUUUGUCCCUGUAUCUAAUCAAAUCAAGAACUGUACUUUUUGAAGAGUUUGCUUUUGAAACUUGAAGUCUUGGAAAACAGUGUGAUGCAAUUACUGCUGUUCUAGCCCCCAAAGAGUUUCUGUGCAAAACCUUAAGAAUCAAUAAAGAUGGAAGGGAGAACUUGGAAUGUUAAAUUGCAGCCUUGAAAACUUUACUUUAGUCACAGCACAACAAUUAAAAUUCAUUUCACUAUAUGUUGUCUUCACAUGUCUUGUAAUAAAUUGUGGUUUUAAUUAGAAAAACAUUUCUUAGCAUAGGAAAAGGUAGAAAUUUUAGUUACUUUUUCUAAAAAAGAAAAAAGUUUACUGGGGAAAAGUGCAUUUUCAACUGAAUGGCUUUAGAGUAGGGAGUGAUGAAGUGUUUGGGGCGGGGGGGACUAGGAAGUUUUUGCUACAUUAUAAACAAAGCAUGUGGAAGUGCACUUAAAAUGAAGUUUUAUUCUUAAUUGCCUAUUAUGUUGACCUUUUAAAUAGACAAUCCAAAGUCUUCCCUACGCGUUCUGUCAUCGCCAUUUAUUUAAUGAAUCAUUGUUCCUCCUUAUCAAGGCACAUGAUCAGUGUUGCAACAUAAUCUAAAGGGAUGGCUGCUGUGUUUUAAUCUCAUCUAACGAUAAGCAAAAUUGAAAAAUAUUAAACCUAAAGGCCUACUUCAUGUUGUACACUUCCAACCAUUAAAUAAACUGUUAGAAAGUAAGUAAUGAGGUUAUGUUCAUCUGCUACAGAAAACAUUCAGUAGGUUUUUAAUUUAACUCAACAAAUCAUAUCAGAAAUAAAUCCUUUACCUUUUGUAGUCUGUGUUUAAUGUUAAUUUCUCCUGUUGCAAUAUAUGACAAAGGGAUUAUGCAUUUUUAAGCGAAGACAUAAGUGGCAUAUCUCUUUUAUAAUACAAGCUACAGCUGGCGUGCGGAGCUGAGCUUGUGCCUUGACAAUUGCUAUAACUGACUACUACAGAUCAGAUCAGUGGCUGUGUGGAAUUGGCAUUAAAAAGGCAUAGUUUUGAAAUCAUUGGAGAAAGAAAAGAUGUCUUUCAGGAUUAUUUUAAUAAUUACUUUCUAGUAGUAGAAACAGACAACUGCUAUGUAACUAUGAUGCUGAAUAAAACAGUGACCUUUUUUCACCA